UUUGUUUAAUUAUACUAGGCAGGCCAGAGCGCGACAGUCCCGCGGGUUGCCGGUGAGUUGUUGACACCAGCUGUGCCUGUGGACACAGCGAGGCGCGUCAAACUAACACCAUGAGCAAAACUGGAGCCAUUCGCCUUUUCCUGAGGUCUUGUUCAGGUGGAGUGCAGGCGGCCAGCAGGCAGUACAGCACCACACCGAGAUGCUCCCAGGUAGAGGCAGCGGCGGUGGGCCAGAAGGAAGAGCUGCGACCCAAGACUGCCCUGCUGAUGCUGAACAUGGGUGGCCCUAGGAACCUGGAUGAGGUGCAUGACUUCCUCCUGGAGCUAUUCAAGGACAGAGACAUCAUCCAGCUGCCCUUCCAGAGUCGCAUGGGUCCCUGGAUUGCCAAGAGAAGAACCCCAAGCAUCCAGCAAAAGUAUGAUGAGAUUGGAGGCGGUUCUCCCAUCUUCAAGUGGACAGAUUUGCAGGGGAAGCUGAUGUGUGAGCGCCUGGACAAACUGUGUCCUGAUACAGCACCACACAAACACUAUGUUGGGUUCAGAUAUGCACAUCCCCUCACAGAAGCAACAUUAGAGCAAAUAGAAGAGGAGGGAGCAGAAAACUGUGUGGCCUUCUCACAGUAUCCUCAGUACAGCUGCAGCACAACUGGCUCCAGCAUGAAUGCCAUUCACAAGUUCUAUGCCAACAGACCCACUGAGACAAAGCUCAAGUGGAGUGUCAUAGACCGAUGGUGCACCAACCCCUUCCUGGUGAAAUGCUUUGCUGAGAAUAUUAAAACAGAACUGGAAAAGUUCCCUGCUGAGAAGCGAAAGGACGUCUUCAUCCUUUUCUCAGCUCAUUCUUUACCUCUAAGACAAGUGAAUCGAGGAGAUCCCUAUGCUGCUGAGGUUGGGGGCACUGUGCAGCUGGUGAUGCAGGAAUUGGGUUUCAGUAAUCCCUACCGGCUGGUGUGGCAGAGUAAGGUGGGGCCACUGCCCUGGCUCUCCCCUGCCACAGAUGACACAAUCAAAGGUCUGGUACAGCGCGGCCGCAAGAACAUGAUCCUGGUGCCCAUUGCCUUCACCAGUGACCACAUUGAGACUCUCCAUGAAUUGGACAUUGAAUAUGCCCAGGAUGUUGGCAAUGAGGUUGGAGCUGAGCACAUCCUCCGCUGUGCUGCCCCCAAUGACCAUCCAUUGUUCAUUGAUGCACUGGUGGAUGUGGCCAGCAAGCACCUCCUUGGCAGCCAGCGAUGCUCUGAACAGUUCCUGCACAACUGUCCACUGUGUGUCAACAAGUCAUGCUUUGCCUCCAAGAAGUGGUUCAGACAUGCCACACAGACAUUCUAGUCCCUUGGUUGUUUCUCUCUAUUGUUGCAUUUAAUUUUAUUUGUUGACAGUAAUUUGUAAGUCUGCAUUGCACACUGUUUUGUAUAUCUUGUUGUGGUGCAUAUGAUAUGAACACUACCUAAAUAGUAUUGUUACUAUGACUUUAACAUGCCUUAAGCUUUAAAAUGGUGGAGGUAAAGAUAAUUUUAUAGAGAAUUCUUGAA